UCGGAUUACACUCUGGGAUUGAAAAUGUUGAGGCGUUCUUCGUGUGAGCAUAUCAGUUAUCGAACGGUUUUCGUUGGUGCCUUAGUUGGCGAAUGCUUUUGAAAUGUUUUUAAAAUUAAUUAAAAGUUAGCCGAGGGUUAAUUACGGAGACUGAGGAUGGUGAACGAAACGUCGCGCUUGCGUCCACGUAGGUGCAAAGCCCGCUGUUGCAUAAUAACGGCGCGCUCGUGCAUGAGCUUAGUCGGUAUCGGGACGUCGAUGCAAGUGACGACGCUGGACGUCGCGACGUCUCACCGUCGAGUUUUGCGCGCCAUUUCAAUUGUCAAACUUGAACGGCAGCGAGCGGUUCUUGUGUAAGGCGAAUAGUAUGGACGCUUGGACGCGGUUUUGAAAAAAUAUAGCAAAUAUAUGAGGCGGGGUAUGGAGCCGAAGCUUAUCAAGGAGGAGAAUGGGGAGAAGGAUGGAGGCCAAGGGUACGCCGAGACGCCUAGGACGAGGGCUAAAGCCGUGGCCAAAGAUUGCUGCAAAACUCCGGACUCUCCGGAAGGCCCUCGACAAGCCGCAGCGCCUCUUUCACCCACCCAAUCCUCACCUCCUCGACACCCUACAAAUGGUACUUCUUCGCCAGUCAACAAUGGAUCCGCCGAUAGCCUAACACCACCACUGCCCGCCUCUACUGUUCUGUCGGUCAACUUAGAUACUGUUCAACCACAGCAGUUCCAUGGUAGUAGCUAUUCGAACGUUACCAGACCACUAGUCAAAGUCAAAAGGUUCUUGAGCACUUUGGUGCAAUUCGGCUGCGAUAUUGGACCCGAUAUAGGCGAAAGAGUCCGUAGUCUAGUACUCAACUUAGUUAGCUCGAAUUUAAGCAUAGAAGAGUUCCACCACUCGCUGCAGGAUGUCACCAACUUCCCUCUGCGUCCAUUUGUGUUGCCGUUUCUGCGGACGCAUCUGCCGCUGCUGCAGCGUGAGAUCCAGGCUUUGGCUCGUGCAAAUAAGCAGUCCUCUUUGCAGUACAUCCGUUCUCACGACCAUGUGAUCCUCGAUUCGACCCACUCGCCCUCCGAACUGUCCGAAAUUUUCAUGUCGAACGAGACGCCCCUGGUCGCCGGCCUGAAACGCCGCGCUUCUGACAGCAUAUACGAGAAUGGCACGAACGGCCAGCCACACGAUUCCCAAGACUGCCUCUCUAUAAAACGUCCCAUGAACUCUCAAAAUGCCUUUCUAUUCUCCCACCAGAGCCUCCUCCUACCGAAUAUGUCGUCGGCAAUCCCCAAUUCUCACUUCUUCGACUACAAUCAACACAGUCAUCUCCCGCAACGAGUCGAAGAUAAUAACAACACCCCAAAUCGAGGUGACGAAGAAUGGCGCAACAUCCACGUCAUGCUCAACUGCAUUCUGUCCAUGGUGGAAAAGACAAAACGAGCUUUAACAAUCUUACAACAAAGAAAUAGUCAAGACUUAACCAACGAAUGGUUGAGAAAACAAGACGUCAGUGUGGAUCUCAAGAAAGCUGCCAAUGAAAUAAUGGUCCAAGCGGUUCGGCAGACGGAGGAUCGUGUCGCAGAAGUGAGAAGAAGGGCCGAAGAUGCGGUCAAUGAUGUAAAAAGACAAGCAGUAAUCGAGCUGCAGAAAGCCGUUGCGGCUGCCGAAACGAAAGCCAACGAACUCGUAGCUGCGGAAAGGGCCAAAAUGGAGAAACUUCUAGCCGAAGCGAGGAAACAUGGCGACGAAAAUCAAGACACCCCAGAUAAUAGUCUAUCACCACCAGCUUCACAACCGCAGCCUUCGCAACAAAAUUCAUGUUGGAACUGCGGCAGGAAGGCCCACGAGACCUGUUCGGGCUGUAGCGUAGCUAGGUAUUGCGGCCCCUUUUGCCAACACAAAGACUGGGAAAACCAUCAUCAGAUAUGUUCAAAAGAAAAGAUGAGACCUUUAAGGACGUCGACUCCGAGUACCACAGCGCCACCAACACACGUCAAUCAGAACGAAUCGGUCAAAUUCAAAAAGUGACAUUUGAAGAAGGGUCGCAAGUGUAGGAAAUUUUAACCAUCAUUAACUUAAAUCAUUAAUAUAAGCAUGCUGAAUCAUCGUUAUUACGUUUGUUCCUCAUUAAUACCAAAGAAGCACAAGUAGAUUUCUCUAGGUGUCUUGUAUCUGUAAAGUCUGUUUGUUGGGCUUGCCUUUGGGGGCUCACACCUCUAGAUCUUGGGUAAAGACACUCUUUUUUAGAGCGAGGCGAAUGGAAAGGAAAAAAGUUGCUUUUAGAGCAAAAACCAAAACAGAUCUUUUUUCAAUAUGUAGUUUCGGGGCCCGCACGAGAUAACACUGUAUAAUUCGACUACCAGAUAAUCAUUUUUCUUACCUUACCAAAAGAACAACACUGAAACUACCGUGCGAUCAAAUAAAAAAAUAAAUUAGAGUAGGCGUGGAUUAAAUUCUACAGUUGGCAACACAUUGGCUGCGAAUCUGGGCUGAAAAUUUUCCACACAAACUGAAAGUGACC